ACAGUUUCUAGUCCCAGCCCAUUCCCAGCUUGCUGUAGCGGAGCAGGUAGCCCUGCUGGAGGGGUCAGCGCCCGGGAUCGAGCCCUAUCUCAGAGCAGGGACCCAGGCAACUGCAACAGGCUGGACCAGGAAUGCUUCAAUCAUCCGUCAGACACAAGAAGCCAGCUCUUAACAGCCACUGCAAAACAGAAAAAUAUGGAGGAGAAUUGGAACUGGACCAGCUUGGGAAAGCAGACAGAUGGAGUUCAAACCCCCUGGAGGAAGCGGGCUGGGUGAGUUGGAGGAGAAGUGGGUUGGUCAAUGAGGUGGAACAUCUGGAGCAGCAGUUGCAGAGGGGCUACCAGCAGGAAGCGCAGUUACUACACACAUCGCUGGAGGAUUUGAAGCGCCGGUAUCUCCUCAGACUGCAGGUUCUGGAGUCGGAGCUAAGUGAGGCGGAGCAGCAGAGGGACCGGGCGAGGCGAGAGAGGGAGGCGGCUCUGGCAGAACGAGUCUCUCUGGUGCAGGAGAACCGCUACCUGCUGAGGACGCUGCGGGGCGUGCGAGAGGCGCUGGAGCAGCGCGAAGAGCAGGCUUACCAAGCUGAAAAGGAGAGCAAAUGGAAACGGGUUCAAAACAGGGCUCACUGGCGCAGAUACUAAACUAAGCGAGGGCUAUGUUAUAUAUAUACUGUAUACAAACAUUGCAUGUAUACAUCAUGUUUAAAUAAAACGAAUACGACAGACCGAUGUGGAACAAUCACGUUUUAUUUCCUUUAUAUAUUGCUUAUAUAUGUAUAGUCACCUCUUUCUAGAUGACAUCCUCCAAUUUACUUGGCAUUUUCCAAUUUUGA